GAGAUAAUAUUGCUUGAUUAAGAUGGUUACCUUUUAAAUUUAAGAAUCAAUUCCUUUUAGCAGUUGAUGGUUUGGGGAUAAAUGUGUUGAUUUAUCACAACUUAUUUUAUUAAGGCAAAUUACUUUCAUUUUCUCUUUCAUGUAUCUACUUGAACAAUGAAUCAUGGCCACUUAUAAAACAGUACGCACUUCUGGGGGCCAGUAGCCAACUGGGGACUCCCUAUUGCUGCUAUAAAUGACAUGAAGAAAUCGCCAGAGAUCAUCAGUGGUCGAAUGACAUUUGCACUUUGCUGUUACUCAUUGACAUUCAUGAGGUUUGCAUAUAAGGUUCAGCCCAGGAACUGGUUGCUGUUUGCUUGCCACUUUACCAAUGAAGGAGCACAACUUAUCCAAGGAGGGCGACUAAUCAAAUACAAUCUUGAAAAAAAGAACUGAGUGUUUAACAGGGGGAAAAAAACCAAGGUGCUCCUCUUCACAGAUGACAACUGAUUAAGGUCUUUCCUGUCCAGAAUUGCUGUGUCUCCUGUUGCAUUCCCAUUGUUAUGAACGCAUUAAUGCCAACAGUUAAUGCCAUCCAUACACUAAAGUUUGUAACCUGCCUUUUAAAAAGUACUUAACAGUUGAAAAUGUUACAUUGAACAGUUUGCCUUACAAGUACUACAUUUUAAUUUUUUCUAUUUAUGAAAGACUUCAAUUCAUACGCACAUCAGUUUGUUUGAGAAGGAUAAGGUCUUCUGUUUGUAACAAAAAGCUGCAAAAAUCUGUCACUGAAUUAAUUUGUGCAAUUUGUUAAAACUUGCAAAAUCAUUGUGUGUUUGGCAGACAGGUGUACAGAUUCAAGAGUGGAAGUUCUGUCUCAAGUACUUGGAACUACCAUUUCUGGCUGCUGCUGCAGUUAAAAAUGUGUAACAGACUGCUGAAUCAUCAACCCAGCACUUCCUGAAAGCAGGUAAUUACCAACUAACUGCUCUCAGGUUGCUAAUUUGAACACUGUAUGCCUACUUCUGAGUCCCUAAAAGUCCUAGAUUCCCUCCCACAUUGAUCUGAAGGAAAGCAAUAGUGUUCUUAUUGUUUAUAGUUUAUACAAACUCUAAAGUGCCACAACCUUCAAAGGUGGUGGGGAGGAAGUAGGAUCAUUGUAGUAGGAAUGUAUUCCUACCAAUGGUGCAUUGGACAUAAUGUUUGCAUAACUCCCACUGUAUACAUUACAACAUCUAGAGGCCUGAGGCAUGAAGCUAUUUUUUUUUAAUCUUAUGUGUAUUAAAAACUGCAUGGCUUAGAGCAAUGUGCAAUGGAAUUUUUAUAUUUUGGCCUCCUAGGAAAGUGCCAUUUGACUAUGUGACUAUCUGGAGUUGUAUGUGCCCAGAAGGCAGAGCAGCUUAACCCUGUAUCUCCUUUCUUAGAGUUUGUCUGACUGUCCCAUUUAUUCCCAUACACUGAGUGUUGUAAAUAUAUCCUAAUUCCAUAGUGUCUGCCUUUUGGAGAGAUUUCUUGUAAAUUUUAACUGAAACAAGAAACAUCACAGACAAGACUGAAAUCUUUUGGGGAUAAAGAUUUGAAGGUGUUUAACUUUUAAAAUUUUGGUGGAUCAGCAUUCUGAUUACUUCUUUCCAGAGAACAUGUGUCCUGCGUUAGCAGCCAUAACACACAAUGUAUAGAAUUUAUUCAGCAGUUUUAUUUUCAGUGCAACAAUUUUGAGAGCAGUAAACAGUCCCAACAGGAAGAGGUUAUGAUAGAAAAUUUUAAUCAUACUAAUGGCAAUAAAAUAUUUUGAGGGAAUUUUGUGAUUUUUCAACAUGGUUAAUAAUAUAUACCUUGCAUCAUAGAAUUGUACAGGAAAAAAACUACCUUUUCUGAGGUCCAUUUCAAUUAUGAUGGCCUCCAAAUUAAUAUUAAUACAUUGAUAAAAAUAAA